AUGGGUAGUAAGAUAGUGCCAGAGAGUGGUAAGGGCGAUAAGAAUAUAAGGUCCAAGGAACAGUAUAAGGUCCAAGGAACAAGAUAUAAGGUCAGAGGAACAGGAUAUAAGGCCCGAGGAACAGAGUAUAAGGUCCGAGGAACAGGAUAUAAGGUCAGAGGAACAGGAUAUAAGGCCCGAGGAACAGAGUAUAAGGUCCGAGGAACAGGAUAUAAGGUCCAAGGAACAGGAUAUAAGGCCCUAGGAACAGGAUAUAAGGUCCAAGGAACUGGGUAUAAGGCCCGAGGAACAGGAUAUAAGGCCCGAGGAACAGGAUAUAAGAUCCGAGGAACAGGAUAUAAGGUCCAAGGAACAGAUAUAAGGUCCGAGGAACAGGAUAUAAGGUCCGAGGAACAGGAUAUAAGAUCCGAGGAACAGGAUAUAAGGUCCAAGGAACAGUAUAAGGUCCGAGGAACAGGAUAUAAGGUCCGAGGAACAGGAUAUAAGGUCCGAGGAACAGGAUAUAAGGUCCGAGGAACAGGAUAUAAGGUCCGAGGAACAGGAUAUAAGGUCCGAGGAACAGGAUAUAAGGUCCGAGGAACAGGAUAUAAGGUCCGAGGAACAGGAUAUAAGGUCCGAGGAACAGGAUAUAAGGUCCGAGGAACAGGAUAUAAGGUCCGAGGAACAGGAUAUAAGGUCCGAGGAACAGGAUAUAAGGUCCGAGGAACAGGAUAUAAGGUCCGAGGAACAGGAUAUAAGGUCCGAGGAACAGGAUAUAAGGUCCGACUGGAACAGGAUAUAAGGUCCGACUGGAAGACCUGUGACAAGUGGGCUGCCUCGAGGGACAGUUACGUGGUUCCAUCAUCUUAA